UUGUGUGUAUCCCCGGUCGUAUUUAAUCGGCCGUGUGAACAUUUAGUGACCAUUGCAAAAAGUAAAAGUUUAUUGACGAUGGCGAUUGUAGCAACAUAUCCGUCCAUCCCGUUUCUUUACAAUAUGGGUAGCAUUUCCCCGGGAAAGAUGAUCUUCAUUAGCGGAUUUGUUCUUCCAAAUGCCAAUCAGUUCCAUGUCGACUUCGAGAACAAACCGUGGGGAACAGACAUUGCUUUCACGUGCGUUUUCCGGCUUAUCCCAAAGGAAGAUCAUAACGUGAUCGUGCUAAACAGCUUAACUAACAAUACAUGGGGUCCAGAAGAGCGCAUAACCGAAGACUUCCCCUUGGCCCCAAAGGAUUUCUUUGAGAUGACAAUAAACGUGGAGCAAGAAGGAUUUAAGGUGUCUGUGAAUAACAAAUCUCAUCUGACCUACAGCCAUAGAUUGAAACCACUGAGUCAAUUCACACAUCUGCGAAUAGGAGGUGAUGUCAUUCUUAAAGAAGUUCGAUGCCAGUAACGUCACAAACAAGUGUGAUGUCUCAUAUAUUACAGUACUGUCAAAACAAUGGGAUCAAUGGAAUUAUCGGAGUGCUUUACGUGUCAUCACCUAAUUAGAACUUUCCUAUAUGUAUUUAAAUAGUUACCAAUGUAACGUUAGGAGUAUCCCAGUAUAUAUAUGUAUACAUAAUCUACAAUCAGGAGAUGUAACAAUAUUGGCAUGAACUUGUAGAACAUAUACUGAUAAUGUGAAAUGCAUUUUCAAUAGUCUAGACGAUAUUAAGAUCUUCAUUUUAGUUUUAUAUGUACUGUUAUAAUUUUGAAUGUCUGACUUAAGUUGUAUACUACUGUUUUAAAACAAUGUUUACUCGACAUUUCUUGCAUCGAUUGGUAUAAACAAACAAUAACUUAAAGUUUUGACCUACAUUUAAAGGUUUGUGUGUUGUCUGGUAGAUGAAAAAAUCGGUACGCUUGAGUUAGAGUUAAGAUACCUGAGCAUUCCACUUCAAGCCAAUGGUAAAUUUAAACAUAUAUAUCUAUCUAUAAUUAUUAGCCAUUAAAUUGCAACCUAUAAUAUAUGUUUGUUUAAAUAUGUUCAGAGCAGAUUAAUAGCAGUUUAAGGGCCCCCACUGUCUCAAUUGUUCUUUAGCAA